UUUCUUUUUUUUUUCUUUUCACCUUCAGAUCCAAAGAGAAACUCAUUUGGUUGCUCCGGGGCAAAAUUGUAUAAAACAAAAAAACCUUGACAUUGCAUGCAUGGAUGGCCUACUGAAUCCAUGGUGUUGCAUUGAGUUUUCUCUUUUAAAGAUCUGAAGGUCAAAUAAUGGGCUAAGUUUCAAAGGCUACUAAGGAUAAAUUUUUAAAGCAAAGAGGAUUAAUAUAUUGAUCAAUCAUGGGCACCAAGAUGAAGGGCCUUUUGAAAGGCUUAAGAUACAUUUCUCAAAAAUUUGAUGAGAACAAAGAACAAGAAAUGACGAUUGGUUAUCCAACAGAUGUAAAGCAUGUGGCUCACAUAGGAUGGGAUGGACCAUCUGUAGAUUCACCAAGCUGGAUGAGGGAGUUCAAAUCCCCCCAAGGAUUUCAAUCAGCACCAUUGAGUGCCAACGGGGAACCACUGAUGAAUCAAGAAAUCAAAUGGGUUUCUGAAGAUUCAAAUCGAAGAAGUUUACGAUCUAAAAAAUCUACAUCUCAAGACAUGCCUGAAUUGCCAAAAUCAUCCAAGCCAUUUACUUCAGUAGACAGUACAUCAGAAUCUACCAAAUCAAGACAGUCGAGAAAACAUUCAUCCAACAGUUCUAAAUCGAGUCGACAACCCAAGGAUAAAGGUGUUGCAUCAGAUUCAUCUUCGCAAAAUGCAUCUGACCUCCCAAAGAAAUCACAUCGAAAGAAAUCAAAGGAAUCGGUGGGCGGCUCAUCAAGAUCAUCUAGGUCAAAAGCCAAUGCUUCUAGUGGGAACACAUCUCUACCGUUGGAUACUGAACCAGAUUCUGAAUCCCAAUCCAGAUCCAUCAGCAAUGAGUUUCUUAGUCAAAGUUCAAGUUCAAAACCUCUCGAGAAAGAGAGAGAUAAGGAAUGUAAUGGGAUUUCUUGAAAAGUUGGUGCCUUGUGUUGCAGUAGCUAGAGAGACUUGCUUAGUUGAAACAAACUUUGAAAAGAAAAUCCUUUUUAAUUUAAUGGAAAUAAAAAUUUCCACUUGUAUAA